AGUCACGUUGAGUGACUCAAAGCAGCCGAAGUUUCGGUUUUAAGAAAAGGAAAGCUUGAAACGUCUCUGUUUUAUACUGCGCGACCUGGAUUUUGUGGUUGAUUAUACUUGCUGUGAAUGAUUGAAGCCCAGCAGCCCACUGCAUUAGAAUAGUUAUAUUUCUAACACGAUCAUCAGUUACGAACGGUCCUUGGUGACAUCAUGAGUGUUGUGAAGUCCAGUCUGUCAGUAGAACAGGAGAAGAAGCUGCUGUCUCUGUUCGGUAAUGUCAGACUCCACCUGCUCUACAAAGCCAGCGUCCAUGGCUACAUGAAUGCAGCCUUCCACAGCCGCUGUGAUGGCCAGGGACCCACCGUACUUGUGGCCUACAACAAGGCUGGGUUUGUUUUCGGAGGUUACAUCAGUAAGGACUACGCCCAGACUAACCAGGCCAUCAACGAUGAUAAGGCCUUUCUCUACAGCAUCACUGACCAGAGAGAAAAGCCACUGCGUGUGUCCAGUACCAAUGGCCAGUAUGGUUUCACGAAUGGAGCCUAUGGUCUUAAUGUUGGUGUCUUGUGGUUCCUUAAUAAUAACACCGCCACAGUUCAAAUUGUUGCAGGGAACAGCUACACCUUUGAAGGGGAAGAGAUGCAUGGCAAUGACCUGCAGCUGACAGAGUGUGAGGUGUACAGAGUGGAAGACUGUGGAGACCUUCUGGAGACUCCUUGGAGGAAAAUUGACUGGGAAGGAUAUAGCACCAAGGAUCGCCUGAUGGACUAUAUCAAGAACUAUAAGCCUGAGGUAAAGUCUGUGGUCCAGGCCAGAGUUCUGCUGGUGGGUCCGGUCGGGGCUGGCAAGUCCAGCUUCUUCAACUCCAUCAACUCUGUCUUCAAAGGACAUGUUACCGGGCAGGCUAACACCGGCAGCGCAGGCACCAGCCUCACCACACAGUUCCGUACCUACAGCAUCAAGGCAGAGCAGGGUGGGAAGGCUCUCCCUCUGGUCCUGUGUGACACCAUGGGCCUGGAGGAAGGACCCAGCGCAGGGCUGGAUAUAGACGACAUCAACAGUAUCCUGAAGGGCCACGUACAAGACAGGUACCAGUUCAACCCGUCCAUGUCUGUCCAGACGGAUGGUGUCGGGUUCUGUAAGUCGCCCAGCCUGAAGGACACGAUCCACUGUGUGGUCUACGUACUGGACGCCUGCAAGGUCACUCUGCUCUCUGCCAAGAUGGUGGACAAGCUCGCCGCCAUCCGCAAGGGGAUCAACAAGCUGGGUGUUCCCCAGCUGGUCCUGCUUACCAAGGUGGAUGAGGCCUGUCCUCUAGUGAGAGAUGACCUGACCAACAUCUACCUCAGCCACUACAUAGAGAGGAUGACCCGCGAGGUGAGUGUGUGUCUGGGUGUGUCCCAGUCCUGUGUCCUGCCAGUGAAGAACUACAGUCGUGCGCUUGAGCUGGACAUCCACACAGACAUCCUCCUGCUCACUGUCGUGGUCCAGAUGCUUCGCUACUCUAACAACUACUUUGAUGACAUCUAUCAGGCUAGGGGACCAGAAAUAUGAGUGGCUAGGGUAUUAGGUGUGAUACUGAUCUGAAGUCAGUCUGGGAUUUUACCUUCUAAUAGUUAAGGAUAGGAUUCUGGGGAAUACACUGAUCUCAGAUGUGUUUAAAUGGCCACUUUUAGUUAUCGCUUUAUAAACCUUUUUAUCUUAAUUUUCCGAGGCUAUUCCAUUCUGACUUUGCCCAGUUACAAUUUAAACAGAGUAUAUCAAACAUUAGGAACAUCUUCCUAAUAUUGAUGUUCUUUAGGUGGUGGACACACACGGGAAACUGUUGAACUUGAAAAACCCAACAGCAUUUCAG